AGUUAAAUAUAAGUUGAUGUCAACAUAACUUCAUAUCUACCUGUGGGUAGCUAUAACAAUCAAAAUAUGUGAAGGAUUUUACAUUUAAAAACCUGAUUACUGCAGCGUGAAAUAUUUGGGGAGUUUCAUUAAUGUUUCUAUUAUUAAACAUCUAUAUUUAGGGAGUUUUAUUGAUGUUUUUAUUACUAAACAUCUAUUUUGAUUUGUGUAAGGUUUAAAUAGUAUAUGUAUAUAUUCUUUUGGAAAUGUCUUGAAUUGGAAUAAAAGCAAGUUGAAUAUUAUUAACGGUGCUACACUAUGACUAACCGGUGCAAGACGUUCCUUCAGCUGGACAUAGAAAGAUACCAUAUGUUCAGUUCUUAUUGUGAAAGUGAUUCCAUUCUUAUUGAGCCAGUGCUAAAAUAUUUUAAGAGACGAGGAUGUCUGAUCAAUGAUUCUGGUCUAACAAUAGGACAACCAGUGCUACAAGCCUUGGUUGAUGAUGAAAUAGAACAAUCAAAAUCAACAGUUCUAUUCAUCACAAACAAUUUCCUAACUGACGGAGGAUGCCAAGCCAUGAUGAAUAUCGCGAUAAUGAAGUAUAUCGAAACGAAAGGAAGGCACAGAAUUGUGUCAGUGAUCAUGGAAAAAUGUCCAAUUCCUUUACCAUUAAAAAUGUUCAAAUGUAUUCAUAUCUGGAAAUCGUCACUGCCACCACAUACCAGUACUUGGAGAGACCGUCAUUUCAAUAGAGCUCUGAUUUUUAAUCGGGUAGUUAACUGUAUAACAGAUCCACAACCUAAGUUCCAGAGAAUUAAUAGGUAUGGAUUAAAGACAAUGACAAAUACGGAGAACAUUGUAGAUAAAGUGCAGCUGAAUGUUUCUGAUAACACAUUAGCUAAAAAGAAAAGGUUAAUUAACUCAAUACAAUCAUGGAGAUUUUCAAAAAACCUUCACCAUUGUUUUAUCCACUGCAGAUAUGGACAAUGUAGUUUCUUUUGUAGAGGUGAAAAUGUUCAUCUCUUUACACAACACGUACAAGAAUGCAAGUAUCAACCAAACAAAUGUCCAAAUGAGGGGUGCUUGUUUACUCCUUCUAAAAAUUCAUUAGCAAAUCAUUUAGAAUCAUGUCCGUUUUCUACGGUCAAUUGUCCAUCAGAAGGGUGUGACAAGCGACUUAAAAGACGUCUGGUUGAUGAUCAUCUUCAUAUAUGUCACCAUCGACUGAUUUCCUGUCCAUAUAAAACAUCUGGUUGCCAAGAAGUGAUGACAAGGGAAAAUGUGAAGGAACACGCUUCCGUGUGUAAAUUCAAAGUGUAUAAAUGCCGAUAUUGCGGAGGAACUGUUCCCUGGAAAGAAGCUGAUUUACAUUUAGAAAAAUGUACCAAUAUUAAAAUAAAAUGCGAAUGUUGUCGACAUGAAUUAUCAAAAAAGGAAAAUAUUACACAUGAGAAAGUUUGUUUGAAGGCACAUGUUGCAUGUCCUAAUACCGGUUGCGGAAUGCAAAUGAAAGGCUACCAGUAUCUGCUACACAAAAAUUACUGUCAAUAUCGUAUUGUUGACUGCAAGUAUAAUCAGAAUGGAUGUCGGGUUAAAGAACCUAAUAUAACCAUCAACGGUCACAUUGACAAAUGUCCAUACAGAUCAAUGACAUGUGACAUUUGUGAAAAAGAAGUAAUUGCGACUGAUUUUGAACGUCACAAAAGUGACUGCACUUCGAAUAUUAGCUGUAAAAGGUGCAAUCAGCAAGUAGCGAAGUCAGCUUUAAAUUUACAUAAUCGUUUGUGUCCUAGAAAAAACUACAAGAUUGUAUGUGAUAUCUGUCGACAGUUAGUCGAUCCGUUUAAACUAGAAAAUCACAAAUCUCAGUGUCAAAAUUGUAUAACUCACUGUCCAUACAUUAAACAAGGAUGCCACGUUCGUGAAAGUAUCAUGUCGAUUGAUAGACAUGCAAAGGAAUGUCUGUUUAGACCAGUUAUUUGUGAAGAUGGUGGAUUAGAAAUGACUGCAACAGAAAUGGAUUUACAUCUGAAAGAAUCUAACUGCCUUAAAGACACAGUUUAUCCAUUGGUAGAUGACGAAGAAAGUAAACCAAAACUUGAGCAAGCGAAUGAUGACAAAAGUAAUGAUGAAUCAUCACAUGAAGAAAACUCUGAUUUAGAUCAUGCAGACCGUACACUUUUUAUAACCCACCAAGAAUCAACCAUAAAAAAUGAAGCUCUUCAAAAUGUAACUCUUAUAUCAUUUGAUCAAGCAUUCCCAAUACCGAAAUUUGUUGAUUGUGGUGGGGGAAGUUGGGAUGAAAAAAGAUCUAGUACAAAAUGGACCGGAGGUAGAUAUGCAAAAGGAAGGAGAAAGUUUAACUGUCUGCUAGAAAUGAUUGACAGAAAGAGAUUGAAUAUAAAAACAUCGGACAUAAGAGAUGUAUAUAAUCAUGGAUGCAAAAAAUUUGACAACGAUCAUUACGGUGUACUUCAGUUUCGGUAACAAACUCUUUUCAAUCUCACCAACAAAAAGAGUUUAAAUAAUUGCAUGACGUUGGCCAAAAAAUAAGAAUUAAGUGUGCACUACACUAUAUGUUUUACGCCACUUUCAGAUACCUUGGCAUCAUGCGUUUUAGUUUUUUUAAUGAUUUAGGAAGCCAGAAUAACCGAAGAGAACCACAAACCUUCGGCAGGGAAAAAAGGCAACCCUUUUGAAUUAAAAUCAGAAUAGAACAAAAUUCGCCAUGUGCCGGAUUCGAACUCUCAACCGUAGAUUUGACAGGCUUAUGAAAACUGUAGAUAAAAUAAUUAGCCAGCGAGGCCCCUAAAACUGCAUAUCAAUGCAGUCAGCAGCUUCUGAAAACUAACUAAACAAAAGUAAUCUAAAAAAAAUAAUCAAAAAAUAAUCAAAAAAUUUGUCUGUUGAUAAGAGGAUAUUGUAUAUUUUGAUUAAAAUAUAUUAUUAACA